AUGCCUCUCCCCGCGGCGCUGCUGCCGGCGCUGCUGCUGGGGCUGCUGUGGCCGGGGGCGGUGCGAGGCCGGUCCCCCCCGGCUCGCCUCCCCGCCGGGCUCCGCCAGCGCCGCUGGGACGCGGCUCUCUUCGCCCGCUCCGUCGCUCGCCUCCCGGCCGAGCGCCGCGACGCCGCCCGCGACGGCGACUAUCUCCUGGGCAUCAAGCGGCUGCGGCGCCUCUACUGCAACGUGGGCAUCGGCUUCCACAUCCAGGUCCUGCCCGACGGCCGCAUCGAGGGCAUUCACAGCGAGAACCGAUACAGUCUGCUGGAAAUUUCUCCUGUUGAAAGAGGCGUGGUGAGCAUAUUUGGUGUCAAAAGUGGACUCUUCGUGGCCAUGAACAGCAAAGGCAAACUCUAUGGAUCUGUCCAUUUCAAUGAUGAGUGCAAAUUCAAAGAGAUUCUCUUGCCAAACAACUACAACGCUUACGAAUCCAGGAUUUAUCCUGGGAUGUACAUAGCACUGAGCAAAAACGGAAGAACAAAGAAAGGCAAUAAAGUGUCUCCCACAAUGACAGUGACACAUUUUCUUCCUAGAAUCUGAGACAUCUCCCUUCAGACCUACCUCAGCACAGGGGAAGACGCAGAACAGCUUUGGGGAAAAGAAACAUGGUGCACUUUUACUGGAGAGUUUUAUGCAAGAGUAGGUGUAAGAUAUUUAAGUUAAUUAUUUAAAUCUGUAUAUAUUGUCACAAAAUUUAUUUAUAGUUAAUUUUUUUUUUUAAUCUCUGAAAACAAAACAAACCUCCAACCCAAGGUCUUUCGUUUCAUGGUUCAACAAUAGAAGUCUUUUCUUCACAGUUUAUUUAAUUCAGUUCUGAGUUAUCACAGGUGUGCUGCUACUCUGUGUCCUCAGCCAGGUGACAUCCAAUUCCUCUGUCCCAACGUUUUGCACUGUUUGUGUGUUGCUCAGUGUUUAUUGUUGUACAGGUGUGAGUUUGUUUGUCUGUCUGUUUGGGUUUCAUGGUGGCUUUGUCCUCCCCUGUGUGUUUUCCAAACCUCCAGUGGCUCCCAGCGCAGCUCCUGGCGUGGAGCAGGAGGUGCCUGGGUGGGAUGCCAGCCCGGAGCCACACAAUGCCUGCUCCCCUUUGCUAUUUCACUGCGAGGGGAUCGGCUUACCCCGGCACGGGAGCGCGGUGCUGCACAGCCACCCUGCAGAUCUGUUUUUAGAUCCACCAGCGCUGAACUUUGAACUGCCCUGCAGUCCAUCUCCUCUGAGGGGCUGAACCACCUCUGUCGGCUCAGCAGGGCUGGGGGUUUCUCUUCACAUAAACUGUGGCUCUUAAUGGGAGCUUUUGUUUGGUACAAUUGCUUGGCAUGAGGCUAAAAAAAUAAUGCAUCUACAAUGAACCAGCUCUACUUCACUCAAAUCAAAUUCCCUUUCUUAUUUGGGGACUACUCUCAUUUUUCAAAGUGUGGAGAGCUCUAUAACACUCCCAAGUUUUCUACAAGGGAAAAGUGUUUGCUGGCUUGUAGCAAUCACAAGCUCCACAGAAAGAAUUUAGAUUGAUGAUGAGGAAUUGAGGUUGGUUUGUACUAUUUAUUUUUUUUUUGCUGCAGUAUUUGGAAAGAGAAAUAUGCUGCUGGUUUUUUCUGUCUCAUUCCCUGACGAAGUUGAUUAAUUUCUACCUCACUAACUCUCAAAGCCAGUCUUGUAACAAAUUCUGCAGGGGAGGAAAGUACCCACUUUCCUGCUUGGGCUUAAAGUUCUGGAGGAGGGCCUGGGGGAACAAUCAUAAUCCCAAAUCACUCUUUUUUUCCAUAUGUAGCCAGAAGUAUUCAGGAUAGAGUUGGUUGCAUCCUAUUUGAGCCUUGUCACGUUUGAGCUAUCUUUACCCAGUGGUUUACUUUUAGUAAGAGUAAUCAUGGUGAAAAUAUUUGCAGGCAGCUGUCAGGCUGCAGUACUAUAUCGUCAUCAAGUAACCCUAUAUUUUUCCUUAUAUAUUUUGCAAUUGUAACUCAUGUUUCUAACAUGAUGAAGGAAAAGACAGGUUUGAUUAUGGGGGAAUCACUAAAAGGAUUCAUGGGUCUUCUUUGCUUUUUGUCUUUUUUUUCCCCUUUCUUUUUUUAAUCAUUUAUUUAAAAGAUACUUCAUCUUCGGGGCAUCGAUAUUUUAAAUGGGAACCAGGACUAACCACCAUGUUUGAUGACUUAGAGAACGUUUACAGAUCAUCUUCCAACCUAAACUAAUUAUUUCUGACUACACACAAAUCUUUGAUUCAGUUUUUAAAUUUUAUUUUCCUCUUUACAUUCCUACACAAAAGCCUUUGUUCCUUUGUAAUGGUAUAGACCUCCCUGUAUCCUCUACUUACACAUGACCUUGAAGAGAAACUUUACUCACCAAAGUUCAGUAAGAUCAGAGCAGACCAGGACCAGACCUUAAGGCAGCUGCCCCCGUAGCAAAAAUAAUUAAGGAAAAUGAAAUGUCACGCCUAAGGAUUUUUAAAUAUAUUUUUUCUGUAAAAUUGGAAAUUUUCUGUACUUCCUAUGUUUUCCGUAUGUGAGUAAUCAUUGUGUAUUUAUCACCUCUACCUCUGGCAACUGAUGAAUUUGUUCCAGAUUUCAGAUAGCAAAAUCAGACCACAAAGGUUCUCUCUGGAAAUGGUUCUUCUUUGCCACUUUCCACUUCAUUAAAUCCACAACCAACGGCCUCACAGGAGAUAUGUUCAGAGGUAGUUGUUGUAACUUUCAAAUAUUGUGAUGCAACCUUGAUAACAAUGUUACAUGGUAUGAGCUUUCACCAUUUACCAGAAUCUGUCUGUAGUUUUAUACAGGUGCUGUUCAAGA